GAGCCCGGGUCCCGGCACCUGCGGCUGGGCUCUCGGGCGGGACCUGUCGCCUGCACGUCAAAAUGACCGCCAGAGUCCAAUCACCGCUGUGCAGGGGCGGGCCGAAGGGCCCACUGGGCCAACUGGAGGCUAGCGCGGGGUCGCGGCUGCAGGACCCACCGUUGAAACCAGAGCUGGGUGAAGGUGCUGUUAGAUCGCUUGGAGCCAGGCCGAAGGGUGGGUCGCGCGCUCCCGGGCGGGGGACUCCCGGGAGAUGGCGGCCGGGGACCCCUGAGGCCUUCUCAGGCCGCAGCAAUAGCCCCAGCCGCCCUCCUAAUCUCUGCGGUGGCGCAGGCUGCCCCCUCCUCCCACUUCUGGGCUCGCUCGGCCCGCCAUAUUGGUUUCUGGCACCGCCCCCUUGUCUCAUUGGCCCGGGUCCAGGCCGGCCCCCAGCUCAUUGGCCCAGCUUUCUUGCUCCGUCCUUCUCCACCCAGUUAGACCCCGCCUUCCCUGGGCUCCGCCUUCUCUCCGCCCACACACCCAAGCCACGCCCCCAACCUUUACAAGGCUCCUGGACCAGGUUGGGUCCGCCCUUCCGGCUCGUAGGCCAUACCUGCCUUUCAGUUCCCCGCCCCUUCGCUCCAGGUUCCCCCGGUUCCACUCAGGACUCCCCCUCUUUCCUUGCAGGACGUCAAUCUUCCUCUGGAGUUAAACUCUCACCCACCUGCUGCGGGAGUCCCCCUAGACCACGCCCACAUGUUAAGCCCCGCCCACCGCUCUAGUUCCUCGCACCUCGCCCCAAGGUCCCUCCCCACCCACCGCAGCCUGGUCCUCGCAGGCUCCACCCUGGCACCCUAGUCUGGCUCCCUGUGGCCAGCGCGCCCAGGUGUUCACCUGGCACUCAGGUAAGUCGUGUUCUCUCCAGCGUUCCGCAAACCCCGACGGCACGGAGGGACCCCAGGCUAAAGGCGGUGGGCUCUGCAGCCCGGACCCCGCCUCGCCGCUGCUGCGCGCGCCCCGGGCCGAGGAUCCCGACGGCAGCACCGUCGUCCCAGGACACGGCGCCAUGCCCGAGCUGGUGGUGACGGCCCUGCUGGCGCCGUCGCGCCUCACCCUGAAGCUGCUGCGCGCCUUCAUGUGGACCCUGGUGUUCUCGGCGGCGCUGGUGGCCGCCGCGGUCUAUGGCUGCAUUGCGCUCACGCACGUGCUGUGCCGGCCCCGGCGCGGCUGCUGCGGGCUCCCCCGGCGCACGGCACCCGUCUGCUUGAGCGACCCUGAGCUCGGCGAGCACUGCUUCCUGACCCUCAAGAGCUCGGGCCUGCGCCUGCACUAUGUCUCCGCCGGACGCGGCAACGGGCCCCUCAUGCUUUUUCUGCACGGCUUUCCCCAGAACUGGUUCUCCUGGCGCUACCAGCUCCGGGAGUUCCAGAGCCGCUUUCACGUGGUGGCCGUGGACAUGCGUGGCUACGGCUCCUCCGAUGCACCAAGGGAUGUGGACUCCUACACUGUCGACCUGCUGACGGCGGACAUCCAGGAUGUCAUCCUGGGCCUGGGUUACUCCAAGUGCAUCCUGGUGGCCCACGACUGGGGUGCACUGCUGGCCUGGAAUUUCUCCAUCUACUACCCGUCCCUGGUUGAGCGGAUGGUGGUGGUCAGUGCUGCCCCCAUGUCGGUGUACCAAGAUUACUCAAUGCGCCACAUUGGCCAGUUCUUUCGUUCCAACUAUGUGUUCCUGUUCCAGCUUCCCUGGCUGCCCGAGAAGUUGUUGUCCAUGUCUGACUUCCAGAUCCUGAAGACCACCCUCACCCACCAUAAGAGGGGCAUCCCACGCUUGAGCCCCAAUGAGCUUGAGGCCUUCCUUUAUGACUUCUCACAGCCCAGUGGCCUCACCGGGCCCCUCAAUUACUACCGAAACAUCUUCAGGAACUUCCCCCUGGAGCCCCAGGAGCUGGCCACGCCCACCCUGCUGCUGUGGGGGGAGAAGGACAGCUACUUCGAGCAUGGGCUGGUCGGGGCCAUCAGCAGGCGCUUUGUGCCCGGCCGGCUGGAAGCCCACAUUCUGCCAGGAGUGGGGCACUGGAUCCCACAGAGCCACCCUGAGGAAAUGCACCAAUACAUGUGGGCCUUCUUACAAGACUUGCUGCACUAGUGGCCCUUGCUCACUGGCCUGCGUGCACCUGGGAGACCACACCGUGUACAUACACAGGUGCUCUCUUGGAUCAUGCAUAGGGGUGGAACUCCUAGAUUGCACACAAGAGCAUCUGUGGGUGUCCUGGAGCACACCAACCCGUAUACUCACAGGCAUGAGUGUGUACCUGUGAGCAAGCACUUUGACUCCAGGAAACCAGGGAUGCCUCUACUCCAUGGAGCUAAAUGCUAUGUUCUCUCUCCCUUCCCUGGGGCCCCAGUUUUCUUGCCAGAAUCAGCACCCUGAAACCCUGAGAGUAAACUUUUACUUUCCUGUCCCUGGCUUCUAUCUCCAUCCAGUCUGGGUUUUCAGCUAAAUGCUGCUUUGUCCAAUACAGCACUGGUAGUCACAUCUGGCUACUUUGACUUAAUUGCAAAUUAAUUAAAAUUAAAUACAAUUAAAAAUUCA